AAUUGACGUAGCUGCAUGACCUUCCCCGACGGUAGCAUUUUGCCUCCAUAAAACGGAGUGAACGUCACAAUUAACACAACUAGAAGGCAACAACGUAAUCAGAAUCAAGCAUGUAUCGUUGCUGUCAGGCUUUACCUAAGGUUACCCGCAAUGGUUUCUGCGGGCCAGCCGUCCACUGGUCUCGUUCCAAAUCUGUCCUCCACGAGUUGACCGCAUCCACGUCCGAGGCGCCAAAGACGGUUAGACCGUUCGAGGAGAUCCCUGGUCCCAGACUCUGGCCAAUCAUUGGAAACCUACCUGACUAUUUGACGAAUGGCUUUACAACCGAAGACUACCACAGGAUGUGGGAACGGAGAUACGAGGAGUACGGAAAGGAAAGCAAGAUUGUAGCGGAGCGAGUGUUUCAUCGUCAGUGGGUCAACGUCUAUUCACCGGCCACUGCAAAGCAGGUGUUUGCCCAAGAGGGCAAGUAUCCCGAGCGUCCUCGGAUGGCAAUCUAUUUCUUGCGCAAGGAAAAUCUCAGACACUUAGGAUUUCCAUUCGAGGAUGGUGAGCGUUGGAAACAUGGACGGAGCAUUUGGAACAACAAAGUACUCCAGCCACGGGCUGUGGAAGACUACAUUCCCCGUAUCAACGACGUCGUCGAUGACUUCGUUGAGCACAUUCGCCAAUUGGCAACUGCUGGACCGCGAGAGGUUGACGGACAUCAGCUGAAACCCGGGGAGGUGCCAAAUCUUCUGACAGAAAUCAUGAAAUGUUCCUUAGAGAUGAUGGGAUCGAUUGCACUGAGUAAGCGUCUCGGAGGAAUCCGACCGGGUUUCGACCUUGACUUGGACGCACACCGCUUCUUGGCGGAAAAUAGGCUCUUCUGGCCCCAUUCGGCGAAGCUGGACAUGUCGGCAUUCCAACUCUUCAGGUACUUUCCAAACAAGACGUACAAAGCCAUGAAGAGACACUGGCUGAAUAUGUGCGCGAUAACAUCCAAACUCAUGGAGGAAUACGGUGACAGGAUGAAGGUGAGGCGUUAAUUUGUCCACAAAGGUAAAAAAUGGCGUCUACAAACAGACUAUUAUAAGUAACAUCUUCCGUGAAAUCAGACU